CAAUGCUGGAAAACUGACUGGCAGCGAACACAAAUGAAGCGUGAACUUCCGACAGGAUUAGAAGAAAAAUCUGGCAGUUUGACAGCAGUCAGUUCAGGAAGGGAAAGGCCACAAAGCCUUAGCCAAGCGUUGUGCUCCGACGGACCGGGAGCGCACUGGCACCGGCCCAACAUACGAGCCCACAAUGUCGCACAACACGUUCAUGUUUAUACACUCGCUCUUGCGCGGCCCGGGGAAUCGGAGCAGAGUCACCCAACGUUUCCUUUCGCUCACACUGUCGCCCUUACGAGCCCGCGCUUCCCUGUAGCAUUCAGUAGAUGUGACGGCCCAUGCCCCGGGAAUGUGAUACGGACAGGGCGAUAUUACAGUGCCUAUGAACCUGAGCGCUCCUCAUAGCAGCAACUGGUAGUGGCCCAUAGCGCUGCAGCCUAUGCAAUACUGGGAGCAGCGCAAGUGAAGGAACGAGUGUGCAGAUAGACAUGUAUGGGCACCCUCCCUUCAGCUGCCUGCACCACACCCUCCUGUGCCAUGCACCAUUCAUCCGCUCCUACCUGCACCCUCCGCCCUCUUGCUCCCUCCUCACCCUGUAACACCCAAAUCCUGGCCUAUAAGGGAUUUAAAGGUGCUAUCCCAUCUGCUGGGAAGAGACACUUGGUGUUGGCAACGAGAUGAGUACAUGCAAGGCUAAGGAAGAGGGUGCAGAGGGAAAGCAGCCUGGAGUCCCACAGAAGUCUGGCAGCUCUGAUGGAAGUGCUCGGAGGAGCAACGCAGGGCGUCCUGUCAAGAAAAAUGUUGGGGACAUUGGAGUAUCAGAAAGAAAGGAAUCUACAGAUACAGAGCUGUCAGAGAGACCAUCAGCGGGAAGCACAGACACCAAGCAAGGGGGGGAGAGACAGGGGGCAAGGGGUUGGGAUCAAGGGAAUGUAGAAGAGUCACAUGGGCGGGGGAUAGAAGAUCAGAGAUCCUCAGAGGCAGCAGAACAGGAGAAAGACGGGAAUAGCGUUGUGGGACAAUACACAGAAGGAGGUGGGAAAGAAAAGAAAGACACAGAGACACCCAGGGAACAAGAGAAACCCAAAGAAAAAAACCCCGAAGUAACAGGUGGGAAGGAAGAGAAGCACAAGGUGGUAGCUAAGGAAGAAGUGGUGAAACUUAAAGAGACAGGGAAAAAAGUAAAGCAAAUAGGAACAGCUAAAGAGCAGGUGAAACAAAAAGAGACAGCUGGGGAAGAGGUGAGACACAAAGAGACAUCUGGAGGAGUGAGAGAGAGAGCUGGGGAAAAGGUACCCCAAAAACAACCAUCUAAGGUAGGGGUGGAACCGUUAGAGACAGUAGGGGAGGGGGUAAAGCAAGAAGUGACAGCUGGAGAAAAGGUGAAAUUUAAAAAGACCACUGGCAAAGAAAUUGAAGGGACAAUUGGCAACGUAGCAAAAUACCAAGAUACAUUUGGGAAAGAGGUUAAACUCAAAGAAACACCUGGAAAAGAAAUAAUUGGAAAAGAGACUUGGGAAGAGUUAAAGCACAAAGAGGCAACUGAGGAAGGGGUGAGGCAAAAAGAGACAGCUGGGGAAAGGGUAAAACAGAAAGAGACAGCUGAUAAAAGCGAUACAUUCCAAGAGAUAUCUAGAAAAGAAGAGAAACAGAUAGAUACAUCUGUGGAAGAGGUGGAGCACAAAAAGACUGCUGGGGAAAAGGUAAAACAGAAAGAGACAGCUAAGGAAGAGGUGAAACAAAAAGAGACAGUUGCUAAAAGUGUUAAAUUUAAAGAGAUAGGUGGAAAGGAAGAGACACAAAAAGAGACAGCUGAAGAAGGGGUGAAACAGAAAGAGACAGCUGGGGAAAAAGUAAAACUGAAAGAGACAGUUAAAGAAGAGGUAAAACAAAAAGCACUUAGAGAAAAAGUGGAAUUUAAAGAGACUGCUGUUCAAGAGGUGAGACACACAGAGAUAGUUGGAGAAGAAGUGAAACAGAACGUGACACCAGGAGUCAAGGAGACCCAGACUAGCAGUAAAGGAGUUAAAUACCAAGAUACAAUUGGAGAAGAGGUGAAACACAGAGAAAUACCUGGGAAAGGAGUGGCUCAGAAAGACCUAGCUGGUGGGAUAGAGGGGAGACAUAAGGGCAUCAUUGAAAGAGGACACGAGAAACAGCAAGAGGCAGCCGGUGGACAAACAAAGCAGAAAGAGAGAAUUGGAAGACAGGGAAUACAGAAAGGGAUGGACGGAGAGGAGCUGAAUAAAAAAGUGACAUCUGAAGAAUGGAAGAAAUGCAAAGAGCCACCUGGGACAGAGCUACCAGAGUUAGGAAAAGAAGUAGCUGGUGACAGCACCAAAGAGACCACAACCCCACAGCAAAUGCAGAAAGAGAUAGCAGGGGAACAGAUUAAAGAUGGCGGAACCUUAGUAGAGAAGAAACAACAAAGUGAAACUUCAGCGUUGCAGGAGCAGCACAAGAAUACAGCUCAGCAGAACACAGAGAGUGUGCCUUUAGUGCACAAGGAACCAGAGACUGCCCAGGAAUGGCUAGAGUUGUGCGACAGGGAAUGGGGUCUGAGAUCCAGACAGAUCUCAAUGCCAGAUAGUGCCAGCUGGAAAGAGAUUUAUAAACACAGGCCAUUUAGCAGAAAUUUCUUGAAGAGCUCCAACCCCGAAGGUUUAUCUACAUCCCUGAUGCCUCCACAGGAGCCUUGUGAACCCCCUCCACAAAAGCAGCCACUGGAGACCUUAGGUAAUUUCAGUGGAUGGAAGAUAAGCACAGAAGAGAUUCCUGUGGACCGUACCAAGGUUCCACCUGGGGUAGUGGUGUGUUACCUUCCUGUCUACAGCUGGUGUGUGAAGGAGCAAAUGGUGGAUCUAUUGGCAGAGGGUUUGUGGCCUGAGCUCCUGGACAACUAUCAGCCACAUAUUUAUGUUCUAGAUUGGUACGAGGACAGCAAACUACACAAAAAUGUAUAUGAGCUACAUGUAAAGCUGCUGGCUGAUGAUAAGAAAACUGUCAUAGCUCAACACGACCUGACCCCAGAAAAUGACAUGAGUGGGGAUCCCCAAGGAUGGAAUACAGUCUCACACAUAUUUAAGGCUUAUGGCUCCGGAGUUCGAUAUGUGCACUUCCUACACAAGAGUAAAGACCUUUCCGUCCUGGGAUUUCAUCGUACACGCGUCACAGAUAGCAGCUUAUUUGUUAAUCUACAUGACUGAACCCAUAUACUCAAUUUUUAGGAAUAAAUAAUAUAUAUACCUGUACAGA